AUGGUGUUUGCUUUAGGUUUUAUUGCAUUAUUCACUAUUGGUGGGCUAACUGGAGUAAUUUUAGCUAAUGCUUCAUUAGAUGUUGCAAUGCACGAUACUUACUAUGUUGUAGCUCAUUUUCAUUAUGUACUUUCAAUGGGAGCUGUAUUUGGUAUGUUUGCCGCAUAUUAUUUCUGA